AUGUGGGUGAGCCCUGGCCUGACACCCAAGGUGUGCAGGGAGUUAUUGGCUUCAUACGCAAGUAUCCUGCCAAUGGAUGGAGGAAUGGAUGGAGGAAUGGAUGGAGGAAUGGAUGGAGGAAUGGAUGGAGGAAUGGAUGGAGGAAUGGAUGGAGGAAUGGAUGGAGGAAUGGAUGGAGGAAUGGAUGGAGGAAUGGAUGGAGGAAUGGAUGGAGGAAUGGAUGGAGGAAUGGAUGGAGGAAUGGAUGGAGGAAUGGAUGGAGGAAUGGAUGGAGGAAUGGAUGGAGGAAUGGAUGGAGGAAUGGAUGGAGGAAUGGAUGGAGGAAUGGAUGGAGGAAUGGAUGGAGGAAUGGAUGGAGGAAUGGAUGGAGGAAUGGAUGGAGGAAUGGAUGGAGGAAUGGAUGGAGGAAUGGAUGGAGGAAUGGAUGGAGGAAUGGAUGGAGGAAUGGAUGGAGGAAUGGAUGGAGGAAUGGAUGGAGGAAUGGAUGGAGGAAUGGAUGGAGGAAUGGAUGGAGGAAUGGAUGGAGGAAUGGAUGGAGGAAUGGAUGGAGGAAUGGAUGGAGGAAUGGAUGGAGGAAUGGAUGGAGGAAUGGAUGGAGGAAUGGAUGGAGGAAUGGAUGGAGGAAUGGAUGGAGGAAUGGAUGGAGGAAUGGAUGGAGGAAUGGAUGGAGGAAUGGAUGGAGGAAUGGAUGGAGGAAUGGAUGGAGGAAUGGAUGGAGGAAUGGAUGGAGGAAUGGAUGGAGGAAUGUGCUGCAUAGACCUGGGCAAAAAUGUACUCAGGUUCCAUAAUGGCAGAGAGACACCCUUUCUGCCACCAUGUGAAGAAGUGUCCACGCCCAGGGAGGCCUUUGCUGCUGUGCCGAACGAGAGGCCAGAUGGCCCCGAGCCUAUGCACACCGCCCAGGACUCACGUGCUGGUGCAGCACCACUCCUCGAUGCCACUUCACUUGCUCAUAAAAUAGUUCCCAUUAAGACUGCCACUCCUGUCUGUUCCCUUACCCAUCUGAGAAGUCGCUCAACAAAGCAGCCAAAACAGGGUCAGGAGCCCCAUGAUCAGGGGCAGGAGCCCCAGGAGCAGGAGCCCCAUGAUCAGGGGCAGGAGCCCCAGGAGCAGGAGCCCGAUGUUCAGGGGCAGGAGCCCCAGGAGCAGGAGCCCGAUGUUCAGGGGCAGGAGCCCCAGGAGCAGGAGCCCGAUGUUCAGGGGCAGGAGCCCCAGGAGCAGGAGCUCCAGUGA